AUGCAAAACUAUAAUAUAAAUGAACAUUAUAAUUUCAGCAAAGACUUUUCAACGCAAAACCUAAGCGAUGCUCAAUUUUUAAAAAACCCUCUUGGCUCAGAUAUUGAGCAAGAAAGCCAAUAUGAACCAUCGCAUAGGGCUGAUGUAGAGACAUUCGCACCAGUACUUUCACCAAACUUAUUAAAAGUGAAGCUUGAAGAAAUACUUAAAAAUGCUAAAACAUUAACAGCGACAUUGAAAAAACAAAUAUCCUAUAUAGAAAAUCAAGAAAGAACCCUAAAAGAAGCUAUUGCUAACGGCAGGUCAGGAACUACGGUUCUAACUGUAACAACGCUAGGCCAGAAUCCUCGCACGUACUUCAUCCGCGAUGGUUUUUGGACACUUUGCAACGGCAUUGUCCAGUACCCGAUUGCUACUCAACCACACAAUGUGUUCACUGAGCUCUUUUCCUCACCCAGAUGUAUCGGACAGGAAGUGAGAGCAAGACGUGAUACUUGUGCUUUUAAUUCGCUCAUCAAGUAUGAUACUGUACCAGCGACAAAACGUUCCACGUAUAUUGAAGAUAACUAUCUAUGCCUUAAGCCAUCCUUCAACCACACGCUUGAAACCUAUAUGUCAGUACCAAAACGGAUUGUCGACGAAACAUGUAAAAAUGGUGUUAUCAAAACCAUGCCCGAAAAUAUUUUAGAUUGUGGACUGAGAGUUUUACUGGAAUACGUGUUCUAUCCUAACAGAAGUCAAUUCUCUAUGUUACCUUUCGAAUAUUGUACUGAAAAAGAUGGCGCUUGCAAACUUACAGUCGGGUGGCACCUAUCCAAUACAUCUAUAGAAAAUUUUGAAUUUUUAAAGACGGAAAAUAAUUUUAAAAAGUUUUUUAUUCAAAAUGAUCACUAUCUUGAACCAUUCAUA